GAUUACCACGAUGAAAUGAAUACCAAGCAUUUUAUGGAAUGGUACCAAAAACAGCUGUUGCCUCACUGUCCGCCCAAGUCAGUCAUUGUCCUUGACAACGCCAAGUACCACAAUGGUGUUGUUGAGAAAGUGCCCACCAAGAGCAGCACGAAAAAGGAUAUAAUGGCGUACCUGGACAAGCACAGUAUUACCUACCAUAAGCAACGCCUGAAAUCUGAGUUGUUCAUGCUACUAAAGGCAACCAACCCACAAACGAAAUACCUCACUGACGUUCUCUCCAAUGAUGCAGGUCAUGAUGUCCUCAGACUUCCGGUGGGCCAUUGUGAACUGAAUCCUCUAGAACUGGUAUGGGCGCAAGUCAAAGGAUACGCUGCAGACCACAACAAGGAUUUUACAAUGAGAGCCAUCGAACAACUGGCCAGAGAAGGCGUUGAAAACGUGACGGCGGCCAAAUGGAAGAAGUGUGUCGACCACGUUAUCCAGAAAGUGGAAAACCACUACAGAACAUCAGACGGCGUGGUAGAACAAGCAGUAGAAAGUCUAGUUAUAGAAGUAGGUGCAGAGGACUCUUCAGACAGUGAAGAGAUCCUGCUAGGAGACGACGAGAAUGAUAACAAUGAUUAAUACAAUUAGUGUCGUGGGUGUCAUUUACUGGCGGUAUUCUUUGUCGGUAAUGCAUGAGAGGAGUCUCUUUCAGGAAAUAUGCUGUAUCUACGAACACAGGAUCUAUAGAGUUAAUUUGUCCAGAGAUCUGACUCCACCUAGUGACGUGCUUUCGAAUGAUAUGUGUAGCAACAGUGUAGGGGGCGUACUUACCGAGAUACGGGAAUUUUCCCACGGGCUCUCCAUUCUUUGAACGGACUUUAGUCAUUGUCUAGUGAAUGACAAGUGAACUGUUGAUUAUCAUGAUGUGGGUUAAUAUUAAUAAUGAUUUAUUUAUUAAGCCAUUUGAGGGAGUGAGAGGGUUAAGGUAGCUAAACGUUGCAUGUCGUUGCAACACUAUUAUUCAUUCUAUUUCCAACUUUAGCAGAGAAACAACGAGCA